AAGGGCUUUGGGCUGUGACAGUAGCAUCCGAGUCAUCCCAUACCCGAGACGGGCUGCUGCUUUGAGUCGUGAGAUAGCAUGCGGGCCGGAGCUGCCUCGAAUGCUGCCGAAAGGAGAAGUGCUGGGAGUUAUGUGGUUAGCAAUGCGCGCAGCGCUAUUCUAAACCUGUCUGAGCCACCACAAGCUGUCCUGAGUGGUCAGGACGAGGCCUGCGACGAAUGGGUCGCGUUAUUCGAAAUUCAUGCCUGCCGACUGAAAAACGGAACACGUUCCUUUGAACAUGAUCAAAAGAUGGGAAUUCUAGUCAUUAUAGUCGGUAUCUGCUGUGUGUACACAGUAUCCCCGCCAUCCCUGGAUGCGACAUCUUUUUCAAAUCCGAAGAAGCUCCAAGGGCCCGAGGUCGUUGCCCGUCCCCCAAUUUCUAAUGUACAGGCGGCAUAGCGCGGCGAAAGUCGUCGAGUUGUACAGGGUGUGAAAGAUAUUAAAUUCGAGAAACCCGGAUUAUUGGCUAUGAAUUGGUCGUCACAUGGUCAGUUCCCUCGGAUGCAAAAGGACGGGUGCGCCUCUCACGGCGGGAGAAACACGUACGGAGGAAGCAGGAACUCUCCCCAAGAGCUGGCGAGGAAGGCGACGGAGGCCUUCAAGACAGGUCAGCAGGCACUACUAAGCUACCGCGGAAA